AUGGCACCUUUCGAGGCGUCGCUAAUUACCACCCUCCUCCUCCACAGCCGCCGCCUCAUCCUGUUGUCGGCUUCCCUCAACCUAUACGUCCUCCACAGAUAUGCUGUCAUGGAAGGAAGACCUUUAAGAGAAGAUAGACUUCCAUGCUGUGGUGGCAUUCCUUGGUAUGUAGGGGCUUUUCUUCUGCUCUGUGCACAGUUGGAUUACAGGGAAAAACCUGGAUAUGUGGCAUGUGCAAUAGCUAGAAUUGCAAUAGAAAGAAGUACCUUUCAUUCCUUCUGUGAUGUUGUUUUGUUCACUAAAAUGAUGGUUCCAUUUCCACUGGAAAAGAUAGUUGAAGAGUGCCUCCUCCUUUGCCACACUUCUGACAAUUUUAAUGCCCUAGCUGGUGUUAGGGAAUUGAUCGUGGAAAAGUUUAAUCUACUUCUGUUAGGUCAUAAAGCUGUCUUCACUAUUUAA